UUCUUACUCCUGUUGUCUUAAUCCAUCAACCACCAUCUCUACUUUUAGCAACUAAAAACUUAAUUAAUUAUAGAAAUUUUUUAAUUAAUUAGAUGCCUUCUCCUCUAAUUCUCUAUAAAUAAGUAACCUUAGCUUGCCAUACUUGGUAUCCCAACUUCCUACUUCUACUACUACACAAUAGAAACAAGUUACAAUCACAUGGAAAACUCGAAAAAAACACAAUUUCUAACGUUGUCUCUUAUAGCAACCUUACUCUCAUUAACUCCACUUUUAUCGUCCACAUUUAGAUCAACUUAUUAUCUUUACUUCAUUAUUAAUGUUCUUAUCGUUAUUCUUGGCAUCGAAACGGGAUUUCUCUCCUCAUCCUCAUCCUCAUCCUCGAACAACGGCAUAGAUGCCCUAGAAGGGGACAACAAGAACUCAUCGUACACGUCAUCCAACUUUAUUGUUAACACUACAAAAACAACGUGUUUAUCUUUGAAAACCGUCGUCGAAAACUCGAUACCUUUGAAGAAGAUCAUCGUUUGUGCUGACGAAGUUAAGAAUUCUUUGAAAACCGUCGUUGAAAACACGAUACCCGUGAAGAAGAUCAUUGUUUGUGCUGAUGAGGUUAAGAAUACUUUGAAAACCGUCGUCGAAAAAUCGAUACCUGUGAAGAAGAUCAUUGUUUGUGCUGAUGAGGUUAAGAAGUUGAUCAAGAAGUGCCCUUCAAGGCCUAGUUUGUUCUUCAUAGAUGGCGACGAAAGCGAAGCCGAAUCUGAAGAUGAUGAAGAAGUAGAAGUGUAUGAAGAGGAGGAAGAAUUGUUUGUGAAAGCAGAGAAAUUCAUUGGAAAUUUUUAUAAGCAAUUGAAGAUGCAAAGAGAAGAGUCAUGGAAUAAAAUUCAUGGGUAUCCUAACAAUGGGUUAUUAGUCAAUUAGUUAGUUAGAUUUUUUUUAAUUAAAUAAGUUUUAGUUUAGGUGUUAUAGAUAAAGGUUCAUUAAUUUUUUAACUACUUGUAAUAUUUCUAGGAAGUAUUGACAUUGUAGCUCUAAAAUUGGCCUCUAAAUCAAAGAUUUGGUACAUACGAUCUCA